AUGGGUGACUCGCAGAAUUGGUCAUCAUUCGACGAGCCGGAGGCGCCUAAACGUCCAUCCGCCGCGACGCAAAAGGCAGAGAAGGCGGACACCAAUGAAAACAAAAGCAGCAUGGGACUGAGCGCUCUGACGGAGCCAGCAGCGCUGCGCAACAUGCGUAAUCGGCUCAUCUUUGGCAGUUUAGUGGGCUUCGUCACUGGCGCUACUUUCGGGGGCAUUGAUGGAGCGAAGCAGUACAUGAAGCAGCACGGAAAACUGGCGCCUGCUGCGUUGAGCUCGAUCGCACGUGGAGCUGCUACAACAGGAGGAGCCUUCUCAGGUUUCUUCUUCAUGUAUUGUGGGAUCAAGACGGCAUUGACGACACAGCGCGAAGAUGACCUGACUAGUGCUGGUAUUUCUUUAGUGGCUGCGGGUCUACCUUUCAUCCGCUCGACGGUCAUGAAACAGAAUAUUCCGUAUGCACUCAUGCUGGUGGCUCUUGACCAUUUCCAUGAGGAGCUUAGCGAGUACCGCUAA